ACCCAACAAAGCUGUAUUAUAACUUGCAACAACAGCUAUGGCCGACGGAAGCGGUGAUUUUAGACAAUGUUCGCCAUUCCAAACAGACUUCUCCACGAACGAGCGCUCCCAAUCAGCUUACACUCCCCUCCAUACUUUUGACCUUCCAAGAGGCGCAGACAAACACUACCAGCAACAAUAUGCGGACAUGUACUUCCUGCGGCUGGCUCAGCUGAAGCCGGCCGUUGAGGAACAAGCGGAAGAGGCCUGGGGCAGCAUGAAGAUUGGAUCAGACACCCCGCAGCAUGUGGACCGAGUCCUUGAUGUACGACAAGGCAUACCUAGCUGGGUUGUUGGAACUGUCUUUGUUGAUAUGCCUCUGAAACCAAACGUCCUAGACGAUAUCUCUAAAGACCACUGGAUAUCAGCGCCCCCAACCCGUGAAAGAUACACCACCGAUGGCAAGCUUGAUAUGAUGAUUGAGGAUGAGUCUGGACGAUUGAAAAUUAUUGGCGAUGGUCUUGACACCCUUGGCCUUGUUACGGGCUGUGUGAUUGCGAUUCUGGGCCACGAAAACAUCGACGGGGUCUUCAAUGUUAUUGACACCAAAUACGCGGAUUUACCCCGACAGCCCGAGAGAUGGGAAAAGGAUGAAGCGAGCCUAGCUUUGUCAGGAGGAAAAGUCAAGCAAAAGAGACCAAGGGCCGACAGAGUUGCUAUAAUCAGUGGGCUAGAAAUUUCCGGGGACUCUGGCAACGAUCUAGCCCUUGUUAUGCUUACGGAAUACCUAAUAGGAGAGAGCUCGCACCCAUCAAGACCAGACGGAAGCAAGAAGAUCAGUCGUCUCAUAGUUGCUGGUGGCAGCUUGGCUCACUCUUCUCCAAUACCGUCUCGUGAAGAGGUUGUCGCAAAGAAAGGUCACAAAAAGUAUGGAUACGAUUCUGCUGCAUACGAUGCCUCUCCCACAGCACGCUUAGACACGUUUCUAAGUGAUAUUCUACCAACUCUCCCAGUCACUCUACUCCCCGGUGUUACAGAUCCUGCCAGCGUAGCCAUUCCACAACAGCCUUUACAUGCUGCUCUAUUUCCUCAAAGUCGCGCCCUGGCGAACUCGCCUGCAUUGAAAAAUGACCCACAUCUCGGCUUCGACAGCGUUUCCAAUCCAUGGGAGGGCGAUAUCGAUGGGUGGAGAUUUCUAGGUACUGGAGGUCAAACUGUUACAGAUGUGCAAAAAUACUUGGAUGUCGAUUCCACACUCGACAUUAUGGAUGCGAUGCUGAGGUGGAGGUGCAUCGCACCGACUGCUCCAGAUACACUGUGGUGUUAUCCUUUCCAAGAAGAUGACCCUCUGCUUGUGAAAGAAUGUCCUCAUGUCUACUUCGCGGGCAAUAUGCCGAAAUUCGACUUCAGAACAGAGACAGGUCCACUCGAACAAACCGUCACCUUGAUCUCCGUUCCAAAAUAUUCCGAGACUGGGAUUAUAGUGUUCCUAGACAUGGAGACACUAGAGGUAACUCACAUCGAGCUCGGGGUAGGCAAUCCAAAGCCUUGAUACUGUACGUUACAGGGUUUGAUAUAGCGAUGAUUUACGAUCGUGGGUAAGAGUGAGAGAGUCAAUAUACCUGGUCCUUUCUGCGACUUAUUUUGCGGCGUCUACCAUCCUAGGCUGAGGAGUGUCCACAGUGCUUUAGCUAUUCUGCUUCCAUCUGAAUACUGUAAAAGCGUGGUGGCUGCACCGGCGUGUAGCAUAUAAAAGACAGUUUAACGCGGUUCAACUUCUUCAAAUGCACUCGGUAUCGGUGU